UUGAACCGGGGUCUCCUGCAUUGAAAGCAGAUUUUCUUUACAAACUGAGUCAUCAUGGAAGCCCCUACAAUAAUAAUAUAUAAUCUUCUUUAAAAUUUAGAAGGGAAUGCAUUUAGAAUUGACCUCUUUUAUGAUGAAGGCGGUGAUGGAGAUAUUUUUCCCUCCAGUAAGCUUCUUCUUAAAGUGUUGUUUCAUGUUAUCUUUCCAUUUACUCUCAGUUGUCAUUGCUGCCUCCAGGUCACCACCACUUCAUCCAUCCUGCUGACUUUUUCAUAAAAUAUACUGAUCCUUUCAUCAUCGUUUCCUGUCACAUGAAGCCUUGGCAAUUUCACAAAUCACACAAGGAAAUUUGGCUGUCGAUGUCACAGAUUUAUAUAAACCAUCCUGCUCUAAGGCAUCACUGUUGCCAUCAUUUAAAGGGGAGUAUCUUGAAUGAUACAACAGCCUCCAGCCAACUGGCCAUAGGAAUAACCUUCUUGUUACAAACUGUGCUUGGGAUCUGGGGCAACUUCUCCCUUCUGUACCAUCACCUCUCUCUUUACCACACUCAGUGCAGGAUGAGGGUCACAGUUUUGAUUUGCAAUCACCUGGCUAUUGCCAACAUUUUGGUCAUGCUCUCAAAAGGAGUCCCUCAGACAAUUACAACUUUGAGGUUGAAACAUUUUGCUAGUGAUUUUGCCUGCAAACUUAUUUUAUAUGUUGAGAGAGUGGGCAGGAGUAUGUCCAUCGGCACCACCUGCCUCUUGAGUGUGUUUCAGACCGUCACAAUCAGCCCCAUGAACUCCUGUUGGAAGAAUCUUAAAGUCAAAGCCCCAAAGUACAUCACCUUCUUCAUUUCAUUCUGUUGGAUCCAGUGCAUGUUUGUACAUCUCUUUUUUCCUCUGUAUGCAUUAUAUGUUUCUGACAAAAGGCGCAGCACAAACAUGAGAAAUACAAGAGAUUCAGGGUACUGUUCUGACACAGAUGUUGAGAACAUCUCAGGCUCAAUAUAUGUAGCUUUGAUAGUGUUCCCUGAAAUGUCAUUUUCUGUGCUUAUCUUCUGGGCCAGUGGCUCCAUGAUUCUCACCCUGUACAGACACAGUCAGCGAGUCCUGUAUAUUCACAAGGCUAGUGUGUCUCCCAGAUCCUCCGCUGAGUCCAGAGCCACCCAAAGCAUCCUACUCUUGGCGAGCACCUUCAUGUGUUUCCACACCCUGUCCUGCAUCUUUAAUGUUAGUUUUGCUCUUUAUCGUAAUCCCGGUUCAUGGUUGGUGUAUACAACUGGCCUGAUUUCUGUGUGUUUUCCCUUUAUCAGCCCCUUUCUGCUCAUGAGCCGUGACUCCAUUGUAUCCAGUCUCUGCUUUCUGUACAUGAAGAACUCAGUAUUGCCUAAUCUUAUCAGAAAAAUGUAAACUGUAUGUUUUUUAAAUUUUAUCAAAUUAUAGUUGAUUUACAG